AGAAAUUGAAUCUUGCAUGUUAAGGAAUAUACUGCAUUUAUAAGUUAGCGCGUAAAUUAACAUUAUAUAUAAUAUGCUAGUUUGUUGCACCAUCAAUAUUCAAAACCCAUAGUGUUUAUCUUCCAAUAUUUAGCCUCAUCACCUUUGUUACAUCAAUUUCACAUAUAUACGUGCAUUGGUAAUAUUGUGUCAACUAUAGUCUCAAUCAUUCAAUUCAUUCCCUUCUUCAUAUAUUCAUCUUAUUAUUGUUAUCUCAAAAUCGUUGUUAUUAUACUUUUGAUAUCGAAACCAUGUCAAUGCCCUUGUUCACAAACUUGAACCACAUUGAGACACUUCUCAAUGCACCAAACACCAACAGCCCAAACAAUAUAAGAUGGCACAACGCCUUCAUGAAAAUCUAUUGUUCUAGGGCUUUCAUGUCAUAUUCUACCAAAAAAACAAAAAUCACUCCUACCCCAUCUUUCACCGUGGUUGAUUUAAGUUCACCUCACUCUUUUACCAUUGAUCAAGAAACUCUCAUAGAUAUUGUCAAAGAGAAAAGCAUUGAUACACUUCAGAAACAUGGUGGAGUUGAAGGUGUUGCUUCAUCACUUAAAACCAACGUUGAGUUUGGUAUCAGAAGUCAUGAUGAUGAUUUUCAUGACAUUUCAAUUAGACAACAAGUGUUUGGUUCCAACACUUACAAAAAACCACCUUCUAAAAGUUUCUUUCAUUUUGUUGUUGAAGCUUUUAAGGAUGUAACAAUUCUUAUUCUUUUGGUUUGUGCUACUCUUUCACUUGGCUUUGGAAUCAAGGAACAUGGAAUCAAAGAAGGUUGGUAUGAUGGUGGCAGCAUUUUUCUAGCUGUUUUCAUUGUUAUUUCAAUGUCUGCAAUAAGCAACUUUAAACAAAACAAACAAUUUGAUAAAUUGUCUCAAGUGAGCAAUGAUAUUCAAAUUGAUUUGGUUCGUAGUGGGCGCCGACAAAAGGUAUCAAUAUUCGAUAUUGUUGUUGGUGAUGUUGUUUGUUUGAAGAUUGGUGAUCAAGUACCAGCCGAUGGAUUGUUCGUAGAUGGACAUUCGUUGAGAGUUGAUGAAUCGAGCAUGACCGGUGAGAGCGAUCAUGUAGAGAUUAAUCAAAACUUUCAUCCUUUUUUGCUUUCCGGAACAAAAGUUGUCGAUGGAUAUGCAAAAAUGCUCGUUACAUCGGUUGGUAUGAACACAACAUGGGGACAAAUGAUGAGUUCCAUAAGCAAUGACAUCAACGAAGAAACCCCUUUGCAAACAAGGUUGAAUAAACUUACAUCCUCAAUCGGAAAGGUUGGUUUGGCUGUCGCAUUUUUAGUCCUUGUUGUUCUGUUGAUUCGAUAUUUCACCGGGAACACAAAGACUGAUAACGGAGUUAGAGAGUUCAACGGUAGAAAGACUAGUUUCGAUGAUGUGAUGAAUGCAGUUAUUGGAAUUAUUGCUGAUGCUGUUACUAUUGUCGUUGUUGCUAUCCCCGAGGGUUUACCAUUAGCUGUGACAUUGACACUCGCUUAUUCAAUGAAGAAAAUGAUGGCUGAUCAAGCAAUGGUGAGAAAACUUUCUGCAUGUGAAACUAUGGGAUCAGCUACUACUAUUUGCACUGAUAAGACAGGUACACUCACUAUGAAUCAAAUGAAGGUGACAAAGUUUUGGCUUGGUUUAGAACCAAUGGAAGUUGGUACAUAUUCAAAUGUUGAUCCAUUUGUUCUUCAAUUGAUCAAAGAAGGAGUUUCUCUCAAUACAACUGGUGGUGUUCACAAAUUGAAAUCAGGUUCUGAUUCUGAAUUUGAGUUUUCUGGUAGUCCAACAGAAAAAGCAAUACUAUCUUGGGCUGUUUUGGAAUUGAAAAUGGAUAUGGAGAACUUGACAAAAAGUUGUUCUAUUCUUCAAGUUGAGACUUUCAACUCAAAGAAGAAAAGAAGUGGAGUAUUGUUGAGAAGGAAUGUUGACAACCAAACUAUUUCACAUUGGAAAGGAGCAGCAGAGAUGGUACUAAGAAUGUGUUCAAAAUACCAUGAUGGUUUUGGAAUUUCGAAAGAUCUUGACAAUGAAACCAUGUUGAAAUUCGAAAGGAUUAUUCAAGGUAUGGCGGCUAGUAGUCUUCGUUGCAUCGCUUUAGCGUAUACAAAAGUUACAGACGAAGAGCUUGAAGUUGAAGGAGAUAUGAACAAGAUGGUGGUAAAAGACAAUGGUUUAACAUUGUUAGGACUUGUAGGCAUUAAGGAUCCAUGUCGCCCGGGGGUGAAGACGACAGUGGAAGCUUGCCAACAUGCUGGUGUGAAUGUCAAAAUGAUUACAGGUGACAAUGUUUUCACUGCAAAAGCUAUAGCAUUUGAAUGUGGAAUUCUUCAACCUAAUCAGGACACGGAUGAAACAGUGGUUGAAGGCGAACAAUUUCGUAACUUCACACACGAAGAGAGGUUGGCGAAAGUUGAGAAAAUCUCUGUGAUGGCAAGAUCUUCUCCAUUUGAUAAACUUCUAAUGGUACAAUGCUUAAAACAAAAAGGUCAUGUAGUUGCUGUAACCGGAGACGGAACAAACGAUGCACCAGCAUUGAAAGAAGCUGAUAUUGGACUUUCAAUGGGAAUUCAAGGUACUGAAGUAGCAAAAGAGAGUUCAGAUAUUGUUAUAUUAGAUGACAAUUUUGCAUCUAUUGUAACAGUUAUAAAUUGGGGAAGAUGUGUUUACAACAACAUUCAAAAAUUCAUUCAAUUUCAAUUAACAGUGAAUGUGGCAGCACUUGUUAUAAAUUUUGUCGCGGCGGUUUCAGCAGGCGAAGUUCCGUUAACAGCAGUUCAAUUAUUAUGGGUGAAUUUGAUUAUGGAUACAUUAGGUGCAUUGGCUCUUGCAACUGAAAAACCUACUAAGGAUUUAAUGGAUAAAGAACCUGUUGGUAGAACAAAGCCUCUUAUAACUAACAUUAUGUGGAGGAAUCUUUUGUCACAAGCUUUGUACCAAAUAGUAAUUUUAUUAACUCUUCAGUUUAAAGGUGAGAGUAUUUUUGGUGUGACUUCGAAGGUAAAUGACACAUUAAUAUUCAAUACAUUUGUUCUUUGUCAAGUGUUUAAUGAGUUUAAUGCAAGGAAAUUGGAGAAGAAGAAUGUGUUUGAAGGGAUAUUUAAGAGCAAGUUGUUUUUGGGAAUUGUUGGUGUGACAUUGGUGCUUCAAGUUGUGAUGGUUGAGUUUUUGAAAAAGUUUGCUAAUACUGAGAGGUUGAAUUGGAGAGAGUGGAUUGUUUGUAUUGGUUUUGCUGCUGUUUCUUGGCCAAUUGGAUUUGUGGUGAAGUUUAUACCAGUCUCAGACAAACCUUUACUUGAUUUUUUGAAUUUUAGGAAAAGAUAUUGAAGAUUAAUUAGCCAUAUAGAGUGAUUUAGAUAUG